AUGGCAGGACCGGCGGCCCCACAGGAGCCUCUCAAGACCCAGCAGAAGUGCAUCGCCGUCUUCGCCCUCCUCUGCUGCUUCGCCGUGCUGGUGGCGCUCAUCUUCUCAUCGGUGGACAUCUGGGGGGACGAUGAGGACGGAAUCACAGAGGAAAACUGCAGCAGUGACUGCCAGGCCGUGCUCGUGGAGAACAUCCCAGACAAGCUCUCUCUCCCCCUGGACGGCCGGCCCCAGCUUCCCCUCUCUGCUGGCUUCCACGCACUGCUGGACCGGGCCAAACACUCCGUGGAGGUGGUCUCACCUGUGUGGGACCUAAACUCCUGGGACCUGGAAAUAAUCCCCAACACUGCCAAACAGGGUCAGCUUUUGUUCCAGAGGCUGCUCGGCCUGAAGUCUCGCGGGGUUAAACUGAAGAUUGCCAGCAGCCUGACAAACUCUGCUGAACUGAAGGACUUGGCAGCACACAAAGCAGACAUCCACUUCGUCAACAUGUCGGUUUUCACCAGAGGAGGGCUGCACUCCUCAUUCUGGAUCGUGGAUCGGAAGCACAUUUACAUCGGCAGCGCUGACAUGGACUGGAGGUCACUCUCCAAGAGGAAAGAACUGGGCCUGGUGGUGUACAACUGCAGCUGUCUGGCUCUGGACCUCCACAGAGUCUUCUCCUUUUACUGGCAGCUGCACGAGAGGGACUACAUCCCCUCCAUCUGGUCGAAGAGAGUUACAGCCCUCUACGGGAGGAACAGCGCCCUGGAGCUGCAGCUCAACGCCACCCCGGCCUUGGCUUAUGUGUCUACCUCUCCAGAACUCUUCUGCGCCAAAGACCGCACCCGAGACGUGGACGCCAUCUCUCAAGUCAUCCAGAGUGCAAAGAAAUUCAUCUUCAUAUCCGUGACCGACUACCUCCCUCUGGUGCAGCGGAGCUUCAGGGGAAGCUCCGUCACCAGGUACUGGUCUCCGCUGGACGAGGCGAUCAGAGAGGCCGUGGUGCUCAGAGGAAUCAGAGUCCGCCUGCUCAUCAGCUCCUGGAGGAAGACUCAUCCUCUCACCUUCAGCUUCGUCAACUCCCUCAAGUCGCUGUGUGUGCAGCUCCUCAACUGCUCCAUGGAGGUGAGGUUUUUCAGUCACAAGGAGCAGAGAGACGACGGCCAGCUGGGACUCAACCACAACAAGUACAUGGUGACCGACAGCGCUGCUUACAUCGGAAACCACGACUGGGUGGGAAGUGACUUUGCGUACAAUGCAGGAGUCGGGCUGGUGGUCCGGAUGAAGGACGGUCCCGAAGAGCGCGGGGAGACCAUCCUGCAGCAGCUCAGGGCUGCGUUCGAACGCGACUGGGGAUCCCGCUACGCCAAGACUCUCCCAGGAAGCAAAGAGCAGCAGGGAAAAUACAGAAACUUCCAGCAUCUGAAGCAUCAUGCAGACACCAAGGAGGAAAACAAGUGGAACAACCCUUUAAAUAUAUAAGCACAGUAUAACCUAUAAAGCCUUGUAAGCCUGAAUACUUCCUAUUUACUCAAAUGAGAAUGUUGACCAACGAAUUAAACUUUCUCUAAAUAGAUUCAGCUUUAAUUUACAGACCAAGUUCAGCUUUGACAAUGAUAGCUUCUACCUGAUUACCUACUGACUGUUAUUUAAGCAUGCACUGCUGCAUGGAAACUGAAAGCAAUAUUCAAAUACAAACUAUAUACUUGAAGUAGCAAUAUGAAUAUUACACAAAACUCUGUGCCCUGUAUGUCAACUCUGCAUAUAAACUCACCAAGACAGUUUACAUUCGGUACUUUAUGAUAAUGCACUCUUUUUUAUUUACAUACUUAUUAUAUUUUGUAAUUGCAAUGCUUUUGAGAUUAUGUAGCGUUUUGUCAUUUUAAAGCUACUAUAUACUGCCUGCAGUUGUAACCACGUCCGUUUGUGGAAUGGCACGCACAGACUUAUGCAGUAGUUUGGUCAUUUCAUGCGUUUAUCAUUGCACUGAAAUUUU